CUCACUGUUGUUAGUGGGAACAAACUCAGCCUAUGAGAAUCUUGGUUCUCUCAUAAAGUUUUUGAAUCUUGUUUUCUUUCAACUCUGUCAUUAUGACACAGCUUUUUCCCAUUCAAGAUUCAAGUUUUUUAUUUUUGAUUUCUCCCUUUCCUGUUACUUUCUCAUGAAAAGGGACUCUACCCGGAGAUAUACUCUCUCCCUUUUCUCUGUUCCUUUUUUUUUUUUUUUAAUAAUUAUAUCCACCUCAGAUUUCUUUUUCUUGAAUCCCACUUGAUACUGCUGGUGAACUUUGUCAAAAAAUCGUUUCUUUUCACCAGUUUCUGGCUGCUGAAAUGUGUGUUUCUUGGCUCAAUCAACUGCUUCUUUCUGGGCUAUCUGUCAGAAAUUUUAAUGGUAAGAACUUGAGGAAAUGCUCUUUGACAAGGUACUGUUGUCUUCCUCUAUUGCUGCUAUUUCUGUGUCCUUUUUUUCCUGGAGGAUUUUGUGAUGAUUUUACUAUGGUUUCGGUUCCUCUUGGUUUUGAGGUUAAUGCUUUUGAUAGAGAUAAAAUUUGGGUGUCUGAAAAUGGGGUUUUUGCAUUUGGUUUCUUGGAGAUAGAUGGUGACGACGCUGAUGGAUAUGUGGUUGGUAUAAAGUAUAACUUAGGUGAUAAAGCUGCAAAAUUGCCUGUUUGGACUGUUGGUGGGGGUCUUAGGGUGCCUUUGAACUCCACAUUUAGCCUUGACAUGGAUGGGAGACUAGUCUUGAUGAAAAACCCAAGUGGAAUUACUCUGUGGAGUAGCAAUACCUCCAAUUUAGGUGUCCAGAAAGCCAGUCUUUUGGACAAUGGAAACUUGGUUCUUUUGAGUAGCAAGAAUGAAGUGCUUUGGGAGAGCUUUGGCAGUCCCACAAACACUUUGCUCCCAGGCCAGUCGCUACAUUAUCCUCAGACCCUUAGAGCCCCUUCAACAAGAUCAAUCUCGAGUUACUACAAUUUUGUGAUUAGCCAGACGGGCGAACUCAAACUUGUGUGGGAACACAAUGUGACCUAUUGGAGAAGUCAUUUUAGCUCCAAUGAAGCGAGAUUCGACCCUGAUGGUGUUUUGGGAUUGUAUGAUGAUGGUAACAAGGUUGUCUGGUCUGUUUCUCCAAAGGAUUAUGGAGAUCCUUCUGUUACAUUGAGACAUCUAAGGAUUGAUCGAGACGGUAAUUUGAGAAUUUACUCGUGGGACAAUGUAAGUCAUGCAUGGAAAGCCGUGUGGCAAGCUGUCCAGGAUCAGUGUGAUGUUUUUGGUUCUUGUGGUUUAUAUAGUGUUUGUGGGUAUAAUUCCUCGGGUUCGAUAUGUGAUUGUUUGUACUCUGAUUCAUUAGAAUGGGGGAUCAGUAGUUCUGCCGCAGCUUCCGGUGGUUCAGGGUGCAAGAAAAUGGUGGAUUUGGGGAAUUGUAGGCUGCAUACGAGCAUGUUGACCGUGAAGCAAACGGUUCUUUAUGGUCUUUACCCCUCGCACGAUUUUGAGAUGUUCUUGAGUGAGACGGCUUGCAAAGACUACUGCUCGAAUGAUACAACUUGUAUCGCUGCAACUUCAAUGAAUGACGGUUCUGGUCGAUGCACCAUCAAGAGGACGAGCUUUGUUAGCGGAUACAAGACUCCUUAUAUAUCUGCUGUAUCUUUCUUGAAAGUAUGCUCUGUUCCACAGGCCGUUGCAGCUCAAGGUGCUAACCGACAUGGCAAUGCUGAGUCAAUAUCCUCAACUGGUGGGCUUAUUGCUGGGCGGGCCAGCCGUAAAAAGUUAAUUGGAGCUAUAGCACUUAUAGUCUUACUGACAAUAUCCCUAAUUUUGAGCAUCCAGAUUCUAGUGUUUUGGCUUCUGUACCAUAGACGAAAAGUUAAGUUGCAGACAAGGAUCCCCUUUGGGAAAGAUGCUCAAAUGAACCCACAUUAUAGUGUACUCAUCAGAUUAUCCUUUGAGGAGAUAAAGGAACUGACAAACAAUUUUUCCAAUCAGCUCGGAACUUCGGUUUUCAGGGGUGUGCUUCCAAGCAAAACACCUAUAGUAGCCAAAGUUUUGAAGGAUGUGAUUAUAUCAGAGAAGGAGUUUCGAGUUACAGUUUCUACAUUGAGUGGUACGCAUCACCGAAAUCUUGUGUCUGUAAAAGGCUUCUGUUUCGAACCAGCAAACAAGGUUUUACUGUACGAGUACGUUCCAAAUGGUUCGUUGGACAAGUGGCUUUUCAACCACAAGGAGGAACAUAACGAACAAAUUUGGCAGCAUAAACUCGAUAUUGCUCUUGGGGUGGCACGUGCCGUUGCUUAUCUGCACGCAGAAUGUCAAAAAUGCAUAACUCACGGCAACUUGAAGCUAGAAAAUGUCUUGCUCGAUGAAAACUUGGUGCCUAAAGUGACAGAUUUUGGACUUCAGGACUUCCUAAUGAAGCAAGCAGCUUCGUCUUCUGAGUCUCCAUCGGAGCGAGACAUAUACAUGCUAGGACAAAUGUUCCUGCAGAUCGUUACUUGCAAGAGGGAGGUUCUUGGAGAAAACAUGCAGCAAAUACUCGAACAAGUAAGUCAAGAAAAUAAAUUUGUUGGGAGUGAUAGUUUGGAAGCAGUAGAAAGGAUUGCAAGAAUUUCAUUUUGGUGCAUGCAAAAUCAACCAUUUCUGAGACCUUCCAUAGGAGAGGUGGUUAAGGUACUAGAAGGGACACUUUCAGUAGAUCGGCCUCCAUCAUGUAUAGCUCCUAGGCACACGGAAAUUGUGACAGAAAUAGAGGCAGAAUGACCGACAUUGCUCGGUAAUAGAGGAGUGAGUUCUAACUGUCUGGCUCCAACCUCAUCAUUUUAGUUAAGGGAUGGUGCUUUGUUCUCUGAGUUCUUGACUGUUUUUCCUCAGAUAGAUUCUUGAAUGUAUGGAAUCUUUCUUGUCUGUAAAAAGAACCUCUAAUUUUCAGUUGGUUGAAUUCAAUGUUCUCAUUUUGAAUUUGCUCAUUAUAACAUCAGUCUGUUAUGAAACAAGAGAGAAAAUGAAACCUUCUUUGCCAGAGCAUA